UAAUAAUAAAAACUAGACCUGAUUUAAUUGGAAACAGAUGUAAAGUGAGUUUCUUCUGUACAAGUACUACUUGAGUUGGCAUUAAACAACGAGAAUUUCCCACACUAUCAGAAAACUCUGUUAUAGGAGUUCAAGUUCUGUAUAGGUGUUUGGGUUCGAGCCUUUCUGCAAUUCUUUUCAGUUGCAACUCUUAACAAGAUGGAAGAAUUCAAGAUUGAAGAAUAUAUCCCUCCGACGACCAAAAUUCCUUUUCGCCAUAAGGAAUACCACGUGUUUCUGAGUUUCAGGGGGAAAGAUGUGAGAAAGACUCUGGUUGAUCAUCUCUAUCAAGCCCUCACUGCUGCCGGACUCAAUGUGUUUUUAGACACCCACAAAUUGAAAAAGGGAGAAAUAAUUGGUUCGAGCUUGGAAAAAGCAAUCGAGAGCAGCGCCAUACGCAUUCCUAUAUUUUCAAAAGGAUAUGCAGACUCCGCAUGGUGUCUCAAGGAGGCCGCCACGAUGGUGAAAACCGAGGGGUUGAUCAUUCCCUUCUUUUACGACGUGGAUCCAACUCACGCUAGAUAUCCUCUGAAUGACACUAGUCAGUACAAGCAGGCAUUUCUAAAACAUUAUGGUCAUUCAGAUCGAUACCCAAUAGAAGAGAUUGACGGAUGGAAGGAUGCUCUCAAAGAGAUCUGUUCUCGAUCAGGGUGGUCCAUGGAUUUAACUAGAGGCUUUGAAGCUCAGCUAGUGAAGACGGUGGUGAAUGACGUAAUUAAGACACUGGACAGAGUGCCGUUAGAAGUUGCCAAGCACACUGUUGGACUAGAAAGCCUGACCGAACAUCUCAUUCAGAAAUUUAAACUGAAUUCAAAGGAAGGUGUGGUCAAAGCUGGAUUGUGGGGAAUUGGCGGUAUUGGCAAGACCACAGCUGCCAAGGCUCUCUAUAAUCGAGUGUCUGCUGAUUUUGAUUCUGUCUCCUGUGUGUUUAAUGUCCGGGCCACUGAUGCAGAUGCCACGGGCCUUACAAAAUUGCAAAGAAAAAUGAUCAAAGAUUCAACCGGAUGUGGUGAAAAAGUGUACAGUGUUGAUGAAGGAAAAUCUUUGUUGAGAGAUCGUUUGGGAGGAAAACGGCUUCUGCUUAUUCUAGAUGAUGUAGAUAAUGUCAUGCAAUUGAAUGCUUUGGUUGGGGAUUGGCUGGCCCCUGGCAGCAGACUUAUUAUUACUUCUAGAGACAGGCACAUUCUCCAUCUUGCGGGGGUUUCAUCUGAAUGCAUCCACGAGAUGAGCGGAUUGCAGAUAAAUGAAAGUCUCAAAUUAUUUAGCUGGCAUGCAUUUCUGAGAGAAUCUCCAAUCCCCAGUCACCAUGAUCUCUCCAAAAGAAUAGUGAGAGCUUGUAAGGGGCAUCCUCUUUCACUGGAAGUGAUUGGAGCCUUUUUGUAUGAUAAGCAUAAUGACAGAGACUGCUGGGCGGAAGCUAUUGACAACAUUACUCUCCAUGAAGACAUCCAGAAAACACUCUACAUCAGUUAUGAUGCUCUUAGUGAAGAGGAAAAAGAAAUAUUCCUGGACAUCGCUUGCUUUUUCAUCGGAGAACACAAAAUUUGUCCCAUUAUUUUCUGGAAAUCAUUGUACAGGAGGGUGCAUAUGGCUAUAUCUAAUCUUUGCCUCAAGUUACUGAUAAAAAUUGGCGACGAUGGUGUAUUUGAUAUGCAUGACCAUAUCCGGGAUAUGGGGCGAACCAUUGUUGAAAACGAAAGACAGGGUACCCGAGUAUGGGAGGGGGCUCAUUUGAACACCAUAUUCAAUAAUGUCAAUUUCUCUCGCCUUAGACUGAAUGAAGAUAAUUCGCAGAGGCUUGAAACAGUUUACAGACCUGGUCUACGUUUUCUUCACUUGAAGAAUCUGCACAUUGACGCGCUAGCCAUGCUUCCUUCAAGUUUAAUAUGGUUAAAGUUGGAAGAAUGCAGCUUUGCGAUACAAGAGACAUUUCAAUUCACUCUUGUGGGUAACAUUUUGCAGUUGAGGAUAAUGCAAGUACACGGCGAUAUUUCCAGCUUCCAUUUUCCACUUUCUAUUAUUCUUGGCAACCUAUCACAGCUGCAGCAUUUAGAUUUGGGAGGAUGUGCAAAUUUAAAUAGCCUUCCUGAUAGCAUUGGCAACCUAUCACAGCUGGUGCAUUUAGGUUUGGGAGGGUGUACAAAUUUAAAUGAUUUCCCUGAUACAAUUGGCAACUUAUCACAACUGCAGCAUUUAGACUUGGGAGGGUGUAUAAAUUUAAAUAACCUCCUUGAUACCAUUGGCAAUUUAUCACAGCUGCAGCAUUUAGGCUUAGGAGGGUGUACAAAUUUAAAUAACCUCCCUAAUACCAUUGGCAACCUAUCACAACUGCAGCAUUUAGACUUGGGAAGGUGUACAAAUUUAAAUAACCUUCCUGAUACCAUUGGCAACCUAUCACAGCUGCAACAUUUAGGCUUGGGAUGGUGUAAAAAUUUAAAUAACCUCCCUAAUACCAUUGGCAAUCUAUCACAGCUAAAGCAUUUAAACUUGGGAGGGUGUACAAAUUUAAAUAACCUCCCUGACACCAUUGGCAACCUAUCACAAUUGCAACAUUUAGGCUUGGGAUGGUGUAAAAAAUUAAAUAACCUCCCUGAUACUAUUGGCAACCUAUCACAACUAGAGUAUUUAGAUUUUGGAGGAUGUACAAAUUUAAAUAACCUUCCUGAUACCAUUGGCAACCUAUCACAGCUGCAGCAUUUAAGCUUGGGAGGGUGUACAAAUUUAAAUAACCUCCCCGAUACCAUUGGCAACCUAUCACAGCUGCAGCAUUUAGGCUUGGGAGGGGGUAGAAAUUUAAAUAACCUUCCUAAUACCAUUGGCAACCUAUCACGGCUGCAGCAUUUAGGCUUGGGUUGGUGUAAAAAUUUAAAUAACCUCCCUGAUACCAUUGGCAACCUAUCACAGCUAAAGCAUUUAGAUUUGGGAGGAUGUACAAAUUUAAAUAACCUUCCCGAUACCAUUGGCAACCUAUCACAGCUGCAGUAUUUAUACUUGGAAGGGUGUACAAAUUUAAAUAACCUUCCUGAUACCAUUGGCAACCUAUUACAGUUGCAGCAUUUAAACUUGGAAGGGUGUACAAAUUUAAAUAACCUUCCUGAUACCAUUGGCAACUUAUCACAGCUGCAACAUUUAGAUUUGGGAGCGUGUACAAAUUUAAAUAGCCUCCCUGAUUCCAUUGGCAACCUAUCAAGUCUAUCACAUUUAGAUUUGAUGACAUGUACAAAUUUAUAUAACCUCCCUGAUUCCAUUGGCACCCUGCGAAUAUUGAGUCGUCGAUGCUAUCAACGCCUACGAAGACAAGGCACACAAUUGGUGGGAAGAGAGAUUGAAGUGAGAAAUGCGCCCAAAUUUGGAAAUUUGGAGAUUUUACUUAACAACUUUAAUGAUUAUCAACGAUUGUCAGAGGCCUCUUCAGUGGUACGACCCAGGAGAAAGCGCAAGAAAUCAUUCUGACAUUUCUGUUUUGAAAUGUCCGGCGUUGCAGGAGCUGGUGCAUGAUAGAGACACAAAUAAUCAGUUGUUUGGACAGUUGGCAGGAGAUUAGAGAAGACCAAGCAAAAGAACUUCCAGAUUUUAUGUCUGCUGCUCUAGAUCAAAUUUACAAGAAGGCAAUUUGGUAUUGGCUAUAGAAGUGAGUAUUUGAGAGAGCGAAAAGAGGCUGAAAGAACUCUUAGGCAGUAAUGUUUAUCAGAAGCAGAGAAAGUGGCACCGACCCUCUUCUAUGCAAUGGUUGCUGCGUUGAUGACUAUGUCUGCUCUACAGAAGCAGACAUAGUCAUGAACCCUGUUCUAUGCAAGUUCUUCUAACUCCAAUGGUUGCUGCGACUCUAUUCUCAACACAAUAUAUUGGUGAAAUUUGCUUGGAUGAAUAUAGCAGGAUCCGGAUAUAAAUCCCUUAAGGGUCUUUGAGGCACACCAUUCCACAAGAUUAUCAACAGUAUUUUGAAAAUCUUCAUGGUUAAGAAACUAGUGAAACAUCUAAGGACCUCAUCGAGAAAUUAACUCUCUUGCCGGGAAUAAUGAUAAGUUUGUCAAGAUUACUUCUAGUUGUUUUAAGCAUUCUGCAGAUGAACAUGACACCAAAGAAAACUUUUGGAGUGCUAUACAGAAAUGUUGCAUUAAUUAUCUUCAUAAAACCCUUGUAGAUUCAAAUCUCCAGGCUGAGUUGGCUGAAAUACAUGCAUUGAGAACAAUACUGCAAAGAUAUGUUGUGGAGAAGUCGCACAAUAGCUUCUGAUGUUCUCUCUAAUUCAACCUAGGGACCACGUCUAAGUUUGGCAACUACUCUUCCUGCUCCAAAAUUGGCUGUGUAGUCAUCAGCAGCUAAAACAGAGAUGUCUCCACAGUUGUGGACUCUGUCAUGUUCACCUCCCAUAUGGUAAACCCAGUCUGAAGAAUGAAGAAGACUAUGACUGGGACAAAUUUCAGUGUCUUCCAGUUUCCACCAGAGUAGUUUCUGAAGGCACAUCAGCAUGAAUCUAUUUCAGAAGAUUCGUCCAAACAGGGAAUUGAUUUUCCAGCUAAAGAUUGAUGAUUUUUAAUCAUUUUCUGGAUCUCAAUUGCUUACGGAUUCAACUAUAACAGGGGAAAUCCUAUAAGAUACACGCAAACUCACUUUCUGUAGCUUUUGAAGAACAUAAAACAUAACAAAAGUGAACUGAACAUAAAGAGAAUCUCCAAUAAGAAUCACCAGAUAAAUCAAGUGAAGAUGGCAGUCACAAGGAUCUUUCUUCAUUCCAUUCGUAAUGGUGAGGUAGCUGAUGAGCUACACAUCAACUCCAAAAGUCCAGUCCAUACGAGAAAACAGAAGCAAAACCUCAAAAAUCAAAUGUCUUGCCAUCCCAAAGGCUUCUCGAUCCUUUGACAUCGUUAAGCCAGGCGAUUUAGCCAUAAUCUUGGUAGAUGGCAUUGUAUUUUUUUUUGGGUAAAAGAUAGGGUCAUUCAAAAAUUUGUUUUGUAAUUAUUUACAAAUUUUAUAAUACUCAAAAUUAAACACACUUGCUAACAUAAUUUUAUAAUUUUCAUCGCAUAAAAAUUUCCAAAUAGGUUUACGUA